AGGGGCGGGGCCGAGGAAGAGCGCUCCCUGGUCUGAGCCGCUACCGAGGUCCUCCUGCGGACACUCGCCGGUCAGCGCUGUGAGAGCCCAAGUUGCUCUGAGGGACCUAAGGGCGCAGCGAUCGCCUGCCGAGCGCUUAGUGCGCAGUCGCUGCAGAACUGCCGGCGACAGGUGCGAACUCUGGGGAUCCACUGCGCCUUCUUGUCCUCCCCGUCCGGGCGUCGCGUCCAGCUACUAGUGGAUGCGCGCCCGCUGAAAGUCCGAGAUGGCUGUGCGGCCCGGGCCACUCUGGCUAUUGGGUCUUGCUCUGUGCGCUCUAGGAGGAGGCCACGGUCCGCGUCCCCCGCACACCUGUCCCCAGCGUCGGCUGGGAGCGCGGGAGCGCCGCGACAUGCAGCGUGAAAUCCUGGCGGUGCUCGGGCUGCCCGGGCGGCCCCGACCCCGUGCACCACCCGCCGCUGCCCGGCAGCCAGCGUCUGCGCCCCUCUUCAUGUUGGAUCUAUAUCACGCCAUGACCGAUGACGACGACGGCGGGCCACCACAGGCUCACUUGGGCCGUGCUGACCUGGUCAUGAGCUUCGUCAACAUGGGUGAGUGCAGGAAGGGCGUCAGGGAUCCGGGUGGGGCGGUGGGGGAGGAGAAGAUGGUUGUGAGCGUGGCCGCCCGUCGUCGGGGGAUGAUGACCUCGGUGUGGCUUCUGGAAUGCAAACUCUUGUUUCUGGAAAGCUUCUCUUGCUGUCCCUCUGGCCACUGUGAAGUCCUUUCGCACGCUAUCCGCGCUGACUUCGCCCUGAUCAAGGGCUGGAAGGCUGACCGCUCAGGCAACGUGAUCUUCAGGGGCAGUGCGCGCAACUUCAACGUGCCCAUGUGCAAGGCCGCGGACAUCUCGGUGGUGGAAGUGGAGGAGAUCGUGGACGUGGGUUCUUUCGCCCCGGAGGACAUCCACAUCCCUAACAUCUACGUGAAACGCGUGAUCAAGGGGCCAAAGUUUGAGAAGCGCAUCGAGCCCAAGUCCCCCCACCUCCCUCUCUGUUGUCUUUGCCUCUGUCUCCCAGGGCACAGCAUGGAUCCUGGCCUGGCUGGUCUGCUUGGACAACAAGCACCACGCUCCAGACAACCUUUCAUGGUCACCUUCUUCAGGGCCAGCCGGAGUCCUGUGCGGGCCCCUCGGGCAGCGAGACCACUGAAGAGGAGGCAGCCGAAGAAAACGAAUGAGCUUCCACACCCCAACAAACUCCCAGGGAUCUUUGAUGACAGCCAUGGUUCCCGAGGCAGAGAGGUUUGCCGCAGGCAUGAGCUCUACGUCAGCUUCCGUGACCUUGGCUGGCUGGACUGGGUCAUCGCCCCUCAGGGCUACUCCGCAUAUUACUGUGAGGGGGAAUGUGCUUUUCCACUGGACUCCUGCAUGAAUGCCACCAACCAUGCCAUCUUGCAGUCUCUGGUGCACCUGAUGAAACCAGAUGUUGUCCCCAAGGCAUGCUGUGCACCCACCAAACUGAGUGCCACCUCUGUGCUCUACUAUGACAGCAGCAACAACGUCAUCCUGCGGAAGCACCGUAACAUGGUGGUCAAGGCCUGUGGCUGCCACUGAGGCCCUGCCUAGCAUCCUGCUUCUACCACCUUACCAUCUGGUCAGACCCCCCUCCAGAGGCAGGAAACCCUCCCACGUUAUCAUAGCUCAGACAGGGGCCAUGAGAGGCCCUCACUUCCCCUAGCCACUUCCUGCUAAAAUUUUGGUCCUUUCCCAGCUCCUCUUGAUGGGAUUUGUGGGCUAUUGACCUCCCUCUCCAUCCCCCACCCCAAGUGUAGACCGAAUGCACACGGCAUCCCAGAGCUAUGCCGACUGAGAGGCCUAGGGUCAGCACUGAAGGCCCACAUGAGGAAGACUGGUCCUUGGCCAUCCUCAGCCCAUAGUGGCAAACUCUGCAUGGUCUAAGAAGGCUCUCAAAUUUGAAACUGGCUGAUCUGGGCUCUCUGCACCAUUCAUUAUGGGGGUCAGGACAUUUUUAGGUAUAAUGGACACAUACACUUAGAUCAGUGCGUUGCUACACUCCUUGAAAUCAGAGCCAGCUUGUUAGAAAAAGAAUCAGAGCCAGGUAGAGUGGUGCAUGUCAUUAAUCCCAGCUCUAGAGAGGCAGGGACAGGAGGGUAUCUGUGAGUUCAAGGCCACAUAGGGAGACCCUGUCU